GGCGGCGGCAUGGCCGUGUGGACCCGGGCUUGUAAAACGGGGCUGCUGGAGCUGCUCCUGCGGGAACGCUGGGUCCGCGUGUCGGCGGAACUGACCGGGGAAACGCUGAGCUUAACGGCGGAACCGGGAACCGGCGAUCCGUCGGUGGUGAACGGCGUGGUGAACGGCAACGCGGAGGCGGCGGCACCCGGUGGCGUGAGGAGGGUGCGGGUUGUGAAAGCGGAGGCGGGAGGGCUCGGGAUCAGCAUUAAGGGAGGUCGGGAGAAUCGGAUGCCGGUGCUGAUCUCACGGAUCUUCCCGGGAUUGGCGGCGGAAAGGAGCGGGGCGCUCCGGUUAGGCGACGCCAUCCUCGCUGUUAACGGCGUCGAUCUCCGCGAUGCCACCCACGAUCAAGCUGUGCAGGCGCUGAAGAGAGCCGGGAGGGAGGUCAUCCUUGAAGUGAAGUUCAUGCGGGAGGUGACCCCCUACAUCAAGAAGCCGUCGCUGGUGUCAGACCUGCCGUGGGAGGGGGCGGCCCCGCAGUCCCCCAGCCUGAGUGGCAGCGAGGACUCGGGGUCCCCCCAGCACCAGGGCCCCCGUGACCGCAAGGUGAUCCCCCUCAAGAUGUGCUUCGCCGCCCGGAACCUCAGCAUGCCCGACCUGGAGAACAGGCUGAUCGAGCUGCACUCGCCGGACAGCCGGAACACGCUGGUGCUGCGGUGCCGGGACACGGCCACGGCCCACGCCUGGUUCAGUGCCCUGCACGCCAACAUCACCGCGCUGCUGCCCCAGGUCCUGGCCGAGCUCAAUGCCACGCUGGGCUCUGGCAGCCCCCCGGCUGGCGGCCGGGAGGUGAAGCACAUCGCCUGGCUGGCCGAGCAGGCACGCCUGGACGGCGGGCGGCAGCAGUGGCGGCCGGUGCUCAUGGCAGUGACAGAGAAGGACCUGCUGCUCUACGACGGGAUGCCCUGGACCAGGGACGCCUGGGCCUCGCCCUGCCACAGCUACCCGCUGGUGGCCACCAGGCUGGUGCACUCGGGCUCCGGGCGCCGCUCGCCCGCGCUGGGCUCGGAGCUGACGUUCGCCACGCGGACGGGCUCCCGCCAGGGCGUGGAGAUGCACGUGUUCCGCGUGGAGACCCACCGGGACCUGUCUGCCUGGACGCGUGUCCUGGUGCAGGGCUGCCACGCCGCCGCCGAGCUCAUCAAGGAGGUGACAGUGGGCUGCACGCUGGGCGGGCAGGAGGUCCAGCUCUCCAUCCACUACGAGGGCGGCUUCACCAUCUCCCGGGACGAGCCAGGCUCCAGCGUCCUGUUCCGCUACCCCUACGAGCGGCUGAAGAUGUCUGCGGAUGACGGCAUCAGGACCCUCUACCUGGAUUUCGGGGGCCCUGAGGGGGAGCUGGCGCUGGACCUGCACUCCUGCCCCAAGCCCAUCGUCUUCGUGCUGCACACCUUCCUCUCGGCCAAAGUCACCCGCAUGGGGCUGCUGGCAUAGGUGCCCCGGCCCCCUCGCCCUGUCACCAACCAGCUGGGGGUCACAGAGGGCCCCCCAACCUCUGCUGCCCCAUCGGUGCCUUGCUGGGGCUGGGAUUGCUGCCCUGAGACCAGCCUGGAAUGCGGGGGGUGAGCCCCUCCUGCCCCACAGCAGCGCUCCCGGCCCCCCAGUGCCCCGGGGGGCUCGGGGUACACACACCAGCUUUAAUCCCCCCGGGGCUGAAGCCAUCACUGAUCUCACCGCCUGUGCCUUGGAGCGGGGCCAGCUCGGUCCCUCUCUUUUUGGGGGAUCCCUGGUGCCCUCAACUCAUGUCUAGGGGAGCCAGUGUCCCCCUGCCUUGGGGCUUCCCCCAAAGAGGUCACGUUGUCCCCACAUGGGACAGGGCUGGGGCUGUGGGAUCCCCCCCUUGCUGCAUGACAGGGUCUCCAAGCCCUGCUCAGGCUGGGGGGACACAUUUGUCUUAUAGAGGGCGCUCAGGGGUGCAAAGGGGGUGCUCUGGCCCAGGGUUCUCCCCCAUGCCCCCCAGUAGUGACCCCCUAGUCUCCCAAAGGCUGAACAAACGCCGUGUCUCUGCCCUGGGCCGGGGCUGUCCCUGUGCCCCUCCACCGGGGCAGGACACGUAGAUCGAUGCACUUUUCGCUUUUUGUACUUCCCCUCCCCUUGGGGGCAGCUCCCACACCCUGGGGGUCGGGGGGCCCAGCGAGGGCCAUAGUGGGACGGGCCUGCAGGGCUCCCCCUCCUUCUGGAAGCCCAGUGCCCCCCGGCCAAACUGCCGCACGGUGCUCUGCUUCGGGGGGGCUGUGCUGGCCCGGGAUGCUCUGGGGUCCUGUGGGGUGCUGGCUCGGGGUGCUGCCCCCCCUUUCUAUUUUUGUAUUCUUUGUAAAUCGCUAUUUAUAUCAGAUUGCCUUUUCCAG